AUGGUGGCCCGUCAGUCUCGAGGAGGGGGAAAGCCUCCCCUGCCACCCCCCGCCACCGCUGCCCGCCAGCGCGACGACACCCUGCUCUUCGAGACGCCCGAGGAGCUGCGCUGCCCGAUCACACACGACACCUUUGUGAACCCCGUGCUCACGGCUGGCGGUCAUGUCUACGAGAGAUCGGCCAUCGAGCGGCACCUCGCGCACCGGAGCACGGAUCCCCUGACCGGGGCGGAGCUGCCCAACAAGUCCCUCACCCCCAUCUACAUCCUCCAGUCCCGGGCCAUGGAGUACAGGGAGGCAUCGGCACGGGCCUGCAUCGAGGCUGCCAGCGAGCCACCCCCGCGAGAGCCAGGGGCGCACAGGCCCAUCGAGUACCUGCGCAGGGGUGUCGAGCUGGCGGCGGGCACCAAGCUGGCCAUCCCCGGCCUCCCCACGGAGACGCUGGAGUACGUGGCUGCCCACCCGGGCAACGCCUAUGAUGAGCUGGCCCUGGUGGCCUUUGCACGGGGGCUCUUUCUGUCUGGUCUGAGGGACAGGGCAGCCCACGUAUACUUUUCCCUGCUCCAGGAGGCGCUCUGCUCCAAGUCUGACGUACCCCAGGCGGCCGCCCUGCUGGCUCAGUGCAUCGGGUGCUGGGCCGGCGAGCCGGGAAAGGGCGUGCAUGUUGAUGCAGAUCGCCACGUGAUCGAGAAGCUGUCGGGGCUGGUGGCCACCAGCGGCCAGGGGUCCGGUCAGCAGGCUGCCCUCACCUGGACCCAGGUCGUCGACCUCGCGGGCACGGCCGGCCUCGGCGACACCUUUGCGCUCAGCCUGUGUGAGCACCUGCUCUUCCGGCGGGGGCCUGGCAUGGCCCCACCAGUAGGGCACCAGCCUUCCCCCGCCCAGGAGCAGUGGAGCCUGGAGAAGAACCUCCUGCUCAAGUACACAAGCAUCCUGUGCGGAGCACAGGUCGACGAGCUGACACUGCUGGAGCACAUCGAGAAGCUGGGCACCGCCUGGAGGUCUGAGGGGGAGUGGCUGUCCCAGCUGGACAUCGUGAAGCAGGGGGACAAGCUGGUCGUCAUGGACAAGGGCGAGCUGGGCGUGUGUGGUGCGGCAUGCAAGACCCUGGAGGCGGCCGCCGACGAUAUCCUUGCCUCGCAUGACACCGACAUCGCAGAGGCCCUCUACACGGCCGGGACCAAUCGCCAGGCCUUCACCACAAAGCUGUGCGUGGCGCAGUCCCAUGCCUGUGCGGCCCCGCCACCCCCUCUCCCCGCCGGCUGGUCGCCCUACCCCGCCUGGGAGCGCAAGGCCGCGGACGUGCAGGACCUGGAUCGGGUGAUGGGCGAGAUGAGCGACCAGGGCCUGCGCGGCAAGAUGUCGCUGAGCUGUUCGAGCACGGAAAUGACAGGCGCCCGCUCGCGACGAGCACGGGCCUCGUGA